AUGGAAAGUAAGGAUGAAAAAAUAAAACCUAUUGUUAGUGAAAAUACAAAUUCCAAUGAUAAUUUGUCAAAGGAUGAACAAACACGAAUUUAUAAAAUAUUACUACUAACUUAUACAAGGCGAUUAUCAAAAUGCCAAGAUUUAAUUAAAAAUAUAUAUUUUGAGAAUAGUAUUAUUAAUAAUAUAAAAAAUGGAGAAAAUGAUUUGAUGUUAAAUGAACAUUUGCUGUCUCAGCAUAAUUUUAUUGAUACAUUAAUUAAAACGAAUGAAAAAAAUGAGUUUAUAAAAAAUCUUAAUUUAUUUGAAGAAAAUUUUAGUAAGAAAGAAAAUGAUGUAACUGAUGGAAAUGGAGAAAAGGAAAAUAAAAAUAAUAUCAAUAAUAAUUCCAAUAAUGCUAAUAAUAAUAACACAUUUCAUGAAAAUACAAAUAAUUUAAAUAAUAAUAUGAAUCAAAAUAAUAUAUCAAGGCAAAGGAUAGCUUUAAACAAUUAUAUAAUGAGCCUAGACGAGAGGUUCCACAUAUUUUUAUUAUUAAAAAUAUUAUUUAUUUUAUUUUUGUUUGAAGCUAAACCUAGAUUAUAUCUUAUUGCCAUUGGAUUAUUUAUAUUAUAUACCAGAGGCUUUUUUGAUGUGUUAACGAAUAACUUUAACUUUAUGUCUGGAAAUGAGUCUAUAGAGCAAGUGCUAAGAAGGAUGAGAGAAUCCCAGAAUUUAAACAACCAAGAAAAUGAGCAAAAUAAUGUAAAUAAUCAAGAUAGUCAAAAUAAUGAAAAUGGUGAUGAUGCAAAUAAUUUUAAUGAAGACAUAAUCCAAAAAGGUUCUUCAAAUAUAACGAGCCCAAAUGAGAAUGAUAAAGAAGAUAAUAUAUCUAUUGAAAAAUUCAAUAAUAUGAUAAAUAACGAGGAAACUCUUGAUAUAAAUAAUUUACAUUUAUUAGAGGGUAUGCAAAAAGGUGAUGAGGAUCAAAAUAUGCAUAAAACCAAAACAAAUAAAACAGAAACAAACAAAGAUAGUGAUAGUACUGAUAAAUCUUCUAACUAUAGACAAAAUAAUGAAUAUACAGAAAAUACACAGAAAACUUUUUUUUCGAUACUACGAAAAAAGAAAGUCGAAGAAAAUAACCAAGAAAUAAAAAACAAUAGCAAUAAUAAUAGUUUCAUAUUAGAUGAAAAUAACGAAAAUAGUAGUAUACUUCAUAACUAUAAUGAUAACAAGGGAACUGAAUCGAAUAAUGAUAUGAAUUAUAAUGAUAUAGAUGAUUCUCAAGAGAAUAAUAUAAAAAUCCCGAAUUCAGGUUUAAGAAAAAGGUCAACUUAUAAUUAUGGUGAUAAUAAGGAUAACGAAAUCCAUUUUCAUGAUAACUCUACUUCUUUUACCAAUGUUACAAAUAGUAGCUUUAGUGAACAAAUAAAUCAUGAGUUUGAAGACCUGAGAAAAAUAUCGGAUACAAAUCAACAACUCCGUGAUCCUUCUUUAGAGAAUGAUAACAGAGAUAUGACAAAUAAUACUGAAAGACAAAAUAACAAUAAUGGAAAUGUUACGACAAGAAGAGGAUUAACACGAUUCGAAAAAAUUAUAUAUCAGUCUGUGGUUAUGUUUUUUAUGACUUUAUUGCCUUGGUGGGUUCCCGACAUUGCUUACUUGGAGGAUUAA